AUGCAAGAUAAGAAUCCCUUAACCAUAUUAUUAUUACUACUCGCCUAUAUACUAGGGGCAGAGCCGCAGAAAACCAUAAUGCUCAACCACAGCGAUUCAAAACCACGAUACAACUCGACCGAUGACACAAUUACUCCAGCAAUGGCAAGGCAGCUCGACCCUUCAGAAUACGAAAGCAUGCAUUUCAAACUGUGCGAACAGCUAUCACAAAUCUUCACCUUCCACCCAAUAGACAGGGCUAACCCAACCACAAACCACGUAGCUUCGAUCGAACUAAGCCCAUCUCAUCUAAUUCGUUAUGAUCCGAAGGAGCCGUUAAGCCUUGGUAUUCGAUUCAUUGAAGAAAGUAAGUUCCGGCUCGAUGUCUUGCUGGAUGCCUCCAAGAUGCUAUUCGUAGACUGUCUGAACCAGUACGCUCGGGUUCUUGAUAACAUUCACACCAUUGAAGUAGAUGCCGUCCGGAUCUGUGGAGUGGCUUCCAACCCCAUUGCUUUCUAUGGCCUAUUGCAACAGCUUCUUUAUUCCGUUGACACGCCCCAAAUAUACAUUGAGUACACCCUGAAGGUUAGCCCAAUGAGUGACAUAACAAUCCCGGCUCUGAUAACCACGCCGUUGAGAGAGAGCAUUCCAAGACAAUACCAGCCCAAAAUAAUGCUUGUCUCUGUCCCGACAGCGGUAUGCCUGGUUAUAAAUUGCGUCUACUCUUACUACGCCGUUUUGUCCGAACUAGUGAUUGUUGGUUCCGACUGGCCCAAAACCCCUGAAGUAAGAACAUGCAUUCAAUGGGCCGAGGAUUAUAAGCUGGACAUUGUGUACGAGAAGUGGCAGCCCGGGUUUAGUGAUAUUCUAAGCAAUGAAGUACCUUGUGCCCAUCUAGGUCUGUACCAGCUGGACAGUGCCGCUAAUCGCAGCCACCACCACUCUCGUGGUGACUGGCAAUCACUUAAGAUUGACGCUGACAUCCUAGCCGUCCUACUGGAACGCAACACCAUUCGCUCUCUAUCCAUAGACUACGCCAUAUUAGCCACUAUGCGCAUGCUUAUGCCUUUAGAAGCCGCGGAAAUGACUCAAGCCACCCUGCAAGUAGUCCACGUCGGAUAUGACCAUGAGAAAAUCAUCCACACUAUCAUCGACGAUGUUUUAAAAAGCAGCAACUAUCUACCUAUUGACCCAAUCUCUGCCAAAGAUAACCUAUAUCUCAAGCUAAUCACCCCCUGGAUAAGCACUACCGCCACACGCAAUGUGAUUAUUCAGUCCACCCUAACUGACUACGUGAAGAUUCAACCAGGAAGCGCGCAGCUAAACGAAAAUACUGAUAUCACCGAUGAAGAGUUUGACCCCAUUACCAAUGUAGAACUUGACAAGCUUAAAAUCAAGAUCCAGGAGCACACUAGGUUUAUAAGCUCUAUCCAACCCGAGACAAGCACUUCCUUUGCAAUCGUCGGCCUUGGCAACCUCAGACCAGACAUCGAGUUAUUCUUCUUCUUCAACUCAAUAUCUGCCAUUAGUUGCUACUCCAGGUCGUAUACCUCCACCCGUUUGUCUACCAACCCCAUCUUAAAACACAACCAAAUUUGGAUGGACUUGGCCAUCACCACUAACCUAGAUGCUAACCCAAAAAGCGCAAGCAAUUUACAAGCACAAGCGGCUCAGGCCCUCAAGAUUCUUACCCCCGCAACCACAAGUACCCCGUAUCCCAUUCGCAACGUGACUCUCACUGACACGCUCAUCAUCGACAACAACCCCCUAUUACAUGUUGGAAUACUUUUAACCCACCUAAACGAUGACACCAAUGUCAUAUUCAACACAGCAAUGUCCCAAACUGAGGAAAAGGAAGUGCGGGAAAGGAUCGAUCGUAGCAUAAUAGGCCAAAUUAAGAGUUUGGCCAAAGACCGGAGAACCGACUUCCGCACAGGGGCUAAGUAUAUCUACUUUGACCGCUGCUUAAAAGAGCUUGUGGACUUUAUCCUAGAGUACGUUCUUUUCCGGAAUCGCCAAACCAUUAUCUACCUCAAGCCGCGAGUUGGCGAUGACAGCUUCGAUACCAUUCAGAAACACGUCCAGCAUUCACAAUACUACUCGCCCCACAGCCCUUGCUACCCUUCGAUAUACUUGUACGCACCAUCAUAUGGUCUCGGGCCGAGUGUUGGUAACAUUAUCAACUUCUUCUACAAUGGCAAGCCGAUCUACGACUCCACCCAGUCCAAGUCCAAAAUCGUCAGGCUCAGCCUCUGGACAGACGUCCCCCCCGACCAGACCUGCAGCGUCCAAGCCUGGGCCCACACCAUGGCUUCUAUAACUUGUAUUCUGCCCUCCCACUACAAGAAUUCCGAGGCCAUUAGGCACCUUCAGACACUUCAUGAUUUAAUGCUACCCCCUAUCGUCUGUGUUGACUUCAACAACGAUAUCCAAAAGCUCAAAGAAAAUCUAGACAUCCUAACCCAAGCGUGCCAAUAUCCUACCACUACUCAAAAACAGUACGCACUAGACAUGAGCGCCCAGGCCACUCCACGUGUUGUUAAAUUUAUCAACAUUCCCAUGCCAACCCCGCCUAACACCUUCGAAGACCCCGCGCCGGCCGUAUACCCGCUCAUGAAAUCCUGCAAAAACACCAAACUGCCUAUCGCAGAAACACUCAACGCACUCCGCCCCAUUCUUCUGUGGGCCAAAGUCUACUUCCCUUGCUUCAAAUACUGCAGUCUGGAAAUUCCCAACUUCGAUUCCCCCCACGGUAGCAUUGAUCAAAGGGAUGUGCGCCAUCGUUUCCAGCCAGAAUGCCUAGUCAUUACUUAUGCCGGCCACCCGAUCAAUGUUGCCAGUUGUCUAGUCAACUUAGAGACUAAAUCUCGCUCCCCAGACAGCAAUAUUAUAGACGCCCAUGUUAGUAUACGCAUUUAUAACGAAAGGCCGAUAGGCCCCUACGAGUUCUCACCGAGACUCUACCGAUCUCCACCUGUUUUCUAUGCCAUCACCACUGAAAUCUACCAGUACAUCCAAAAGCAUAAUAGUUCCUACUUUAAAAAGGCUAACCGCAGUGUUCCUGAGCACGAGAGAUCACUUGAGUCAUGCAACGAAAAGAUGCAGUCGUGUUUCAACAAGAUUGUCCUAUCAAAUGCAACCUGUAAUAUCUGUGGCGGUUUGCUGUCCGAGAUCUUUUCCGAGGCCGGCCUUAAAGACAACAACAUCUGUGCGCUCUUCAUAAAUAGCAUUCAGGUAGUUUGUUUUGCAUGUAUUUUCCGAUUCCAUGGAUCCAAGGUACAUAUAGCUGAUAUGAUCCAAAGCGGCUUCAGCGAAAAAUUCUACACCCUCUAUGUUGACCAAAACUCCACCAACAACACAGUCCGUGCCAAUGAAGAUUCGCUCAUGUCUCUGAGGCUCUUGGUCUAUAAAGAUCUCCCGCCUGCUAAUAAGGCGCAAAUUAUGUCUAUCGAUUUUAACUCCCUAGCCUGGGAGUAUAACUGCCCUCCAAGCAAACAAAUCCAAUUAUCCGACGUGCCUUUCACACCACUACCAGAUGCCGUUAAAACCCCAUUAACUGAUCCCAGAGUGCUUAUUGCAAUAGGCGCACUUCUUUGCGCGAUCAUUGCAGUAAUAACAGUAUUCAUCUAA